ACUGAAUUGGGAGGCUGGAUAUUCCUUCUGUGGUAACCCUUCCAUCAAGAUGCCAGCAUCGGAUGACUUCUACCUGCGCUACUAUGUCGGACACAAGGGCAAGUUCGGCCACGAAUACAUGGAAUUCGAGUUCCAUGCCGAUGGCAAGCUCCGAUACGCCAACAACUCCAACUACAAGAACGACACGUUGAUCAAGAAAGAAGUGACUUUGUCGCAGUCUGUGAUUGACGAAGUGAAGCGCAUCAUCGACACCAGCGAGAUUAUCAAGGAAGACGAUUCCAAGUGGCCUGAAAGCGACCGCGUCGGAAAGCAGGAGCUCGAGAUUGUCCACAAUGACGAACACAUUUGCUUCACGUGUGCAAAAAUUGGUUCGUUGUUGGACGUCCAAGACAGUAACGACCCCGAGGGCCUUCGCGUAUUUUACUACCUCGUCCAAGACUUGAAGUGCUUUGUGUUUUCCCUGAUCACGCUCCACUUCAAGAUUAAGCCGAUCCCGUAAGCCCUUGAAACGUGUUCGACCCCAGCGAAAUGAAUUAAUUCACUCUUCGAUUAUGCA